AUGCCUCGCUACUCCCUUGGCGGUACCCCCGCUGCCGCCGCUGCUAGUGUUCCGUCUGGCGUACCCUCUGCCUCGACCUCAAAUGGCAACACUUACGACAAGGCGUACAGCGAUGCCUUCACUGCCAAUUUGACCAAGCUCAGACGGACUUGGAAGUUUGCUGCCGUCUGCCAAUUCCUCUUCACCUUCGAAGAGGCCUUUGGCAUGAGUGGCUUCAAGUCCGCAACUCUCGAGCACGAUCUAGCGGCUUCUACGUACGAGGUCAUUCCCGACCUCAUGAGGCGGCUGCUCUAUACUCUCACACUCGAUGGUAAGGUCACCAAUGAGAAUUGGCAAGAGUACCUACGAGACCAAUAUGCUUAUCGUCUAGCGGAAGACGGCCUCCCAAACCCGCUCGGUUCUCCGGAGGAUUUGAAGCAAUGGGAAGACUUCUCUCUCGCGUCGAAGGUACGGAGCCUUUAUGACAUUUGCGAAUGGCAGAUGGCAGAUCCGGAGCGGUUCCGGAAGCUUGUACGCAACGAGGAAGACGCAGAGAAUUGGCGGAUAUACCCAAUCGGUUGGGACGCCCAGGAGAACACGUACUGGCUCUUCGAUGAUAAUCGCCUCUGGGUACAACAUCCGCCCCCGCCUCCGCCGCCCAAAGCAAAGAAAGCACGUCCGGCCAAGAAAGGCUCAAAGCGAGCCAAAGCCGAAGCGGCUGCCGCAAAGAAGAAGGCAAAGGCGGAGCAGGAGAAGGCAAAACGCGAAAAGGCUGCUGCCGCUCGCAAGACCGGCAAGCGGGUAGCUAGUGCUAGUGGACCUCUCGCAGGAGAUACACCAAACAAGCGGACAAGGCUGGGGCGAGCAUCCCUUUCUGCAUCGAGCCCGAAUGCCAGCGCCGCCUAUUCACCGCCCCGAAGUUCGAGACGCCUCAGAGGUCAAGAUAGCGAUGGAUGGGAGCCAAUCCCAGCUGACCUUCUUGCAGAGGUAAAUGCAGCAGAUGACAGCAAGGUCGACCCAGCUGGCGAUGACGAUGAGUCAGAACUAUCUGAGCCUCCGGACGAAGUAGAGGAAGGAGACCUGACUAUGAGAACGGAGGCCGACGAAUCAGUAGAUGAAAGCAAGAUGGACAUAGAUCAGCCGUCCAGCCUCCCAAAGUCAGGAGAGGACGAUGAAGAGACUUGGCUAGAGUUCGAGACUAUCGCCAUCACUCGAGCCGAGUGGGAGGUCCUGGGGGCGCGCUUCGCCAAGAGCAAACAUCCAGACGAGAAGGCUUUGCAUAAGAUCCUGUCGACCGACAUUGUCCCUCGAGUCCUAGAGGAUAUUGCGGAGGCCGAAAAGGCUGCCGCUCUGGAGGCAGCUCUGGCAGCAAGGAAGAGAUCAUCUCGCAUUGCCAUGAAGGAGUCAGAGAGGGAAGAGAGGGAGAGGGAAGCUGAAGCAAAAGCGAAGAUGGAGGAGAGAAUGCGACUCAUUCGUCAGGAAGAAGCCGAGAAACGUGCCAAGGAGGAUGAGGCACUCGAGGAAGAGAAGAAGCGAGAAGAGAGGGCGCGCGAGAAGGAGGAGAGGUUGCGAGGCCGUGAAGAGAGGGCCAGAGAAAGGGAAAGAGAGGCCGAGGCGAAGGCGAUCCGGGAGAUUGAGGAGCGGGAGAGGCGAGAGAAGAUGAGAGAGAUGAGGAAGCGGAAGAGGGAGAUGAUUGCUUCUGGAGAACUACAGGAAGACGAGUCUGAGUCUCAGGCCAAGGACGAGGGAGGAGAAGAUCAAGAUGAAGACUGGGAGUUGGGCUGCGAGAUCUGCCACAAGUCCGGUCGGAAUCCGGAGCUCGGUCCUGAUGAGCAGAUCGUCUGCUGCGAGUCCUGCCUCGUCUGGCAACAUACCAAGUGCUGGGACGACUUCGAUGCCUGGUUGACUCAGCCACCUCGCAAUUGGGAUGAAGAAGACUUCUUCUGCACGAAAUGCAGUGCCAGGCGGGAGCCAGACAGAAUCAAUAGAGAUGAGAUUGCGGGCAAGAUUGAUGCCUUCAGACUUGCCAGAGGCUUGGUAAUUGCAGAGGUAAAGGUGGAGUCGGACGCGCAGCCCGAGACGGACUCGCGCCCGGUCGCUGAGCCUCCUACACUGUCUGACAAAGUGCAACUGAACGGAUCCGGUACGAUGGAGUCUCCGGCUGUUGAAGUGCAACAGCCUCAACCACCGCAGAUGCAACCUCAGCAGAUCCAAGCUCUGCAACCACUGCCGCCUUCACAGCUAUCGGCACCCGCUCCUUCGGCUUCAGGUGACGGCUCAUCAGGUGACGGCUCAUCAGCGCCGAUGAACGGCCUGCCUUCCAGUCCUGCUGAACGGAACACCUUCAAUGCCAAUGGAUCUACAAAGGCCCAAGAGCCUGCUCAGGCUCAACCUGCUCGGACCCACGAUAACUCCAUGGGGCCUCCGACUAGCCAAUUCCGUAGCCCGUCCAUGUCCUCUGCUGCACCAGUGAGGCCCGGCGCAGUCAACCCCGUCCCUGUGACUUCUCAGUCUCCUGGUCAGUCCGCUGCUCCCCCGGCCAGAUUCGCCAGCUUUGGUCCUGAUGGUAAUGUGAUGAUGUCGAGCCCCAGCGAGGGUCCACGCACUGUUGCGCAAGCGACACAAUCGGUGGCCUCUCCACCUCAAUCUCCCUCACACAGCUUUACGGGUUCUGCGCCAUCUGUGGAGGGUCAGACUUCGUCACCUGGCCCCUUGGCUAGUCCCAAACUGCAGGUCUCCGGCAAUGGCAAUAGCAACGGAGCUGCUCGCAGCUCCAAGAACGCAGGAGCUGCCGGCUCAUUCCCUAUCCGCCGACCCAACAGCUCCGUAGCUCGGUCUCCCUUGUCCGGGCCCUCGAUCUCGCCCGGCAGCAACGGUGGACCUCCGCCUAUGAGCCUAGGAGAAGCCUUGACGGGCAGUGGCACCAUCGGUUCGAAUAGUAUGAGGGGCGUCAGCCCUAGUCCCAGCGGGGGCUCAGGGCGGAGUUUAGGUCCGCUACCAAGGUUCAACAGCGGAGCUAGCGAUGGCACGCCUCUCGCUGCGACGGCCAUCUCAAGCUCUUCACAAGGUUCUGUUAGCACCAAUGCGAUCAACGGAAACUUGCACAAGAACCUCGCUGCCAGCCAACCGCACGGAGUCGCACCCACACCCAGUGUUCAAACGGGCCCCACGCCUUCUCCAAUCGCUCGACCGCCCCCACCGGGUGCACCCACGAGCGGGAUUGGCGCCGUAUCUCCCACUCCAUCUCCUGCCGGGAAAGACGUCGGCAUCGGCAAGGGAGAAAGCGGCGAUCGAUCCAGCAGUCCGGGUCCUCGCCAAGGCUCAUUGGCGGAGGGCAAGGUCAUCCCGGCCGUGGAUGCGCACGGCAAUCAAGCAGUGAAUCCGUGA